GUCUACCAGCAUCAUGCUUUCGUUAUCUAUCCCCCUGUUCUUGGCUUUUCUGGUAUGUCAUCCCGCUUUGGCGGUGACUAUCGAGUUUCGGAAAGUGGUCUCUGGAGGCAAGGGAGGGCUGGCUCCGCCGAGCGGCGGGCUGCAGCCUGCUUAUGAGGGCAUCUCUCGGUUGCAAGAGUUUGAAGUGGGGAACGUUUUGGAUGUUCGGUAUACCACCAACAUUACACUAAGUGGACAGGAGUUUAUUGUUGCACUCGAUACCGGAAGCACGGAUCUUUGGGUUUAUCCGGUGUCCGGUGAACUUGGGGAAUUCAACGAUACUGGCAUCCCAUUGCAACUUCGCUAUGGUGAUGGUUCAUAUGGGGUGAGGGGGAAUAUCAGUCUUGCACCUUUCGAGCUUGGAAACUAUUCGAUCCCAACGCAAGCGUUCCUGGAUGUUCAUUCGAGUAACGUUGGUGGAAUAUCUGCCGUCGGCAUCGAUGGAGUGCUGGGGCUGGGUUUCGACCAAAGCUUUGCCUCGCCCAUCAAUCUUGCGAUCCGACAGAGAUACGGCGCCAAUUCGACCCUUGGCCAAUCCGUGCUGAAGAAUAUAUUCACUCAAGAUCCUUCCCACCCGAACUUUGUCGCCCUUGACUUUACACGCGCGGAUGACCUGGAGGAUACCGUUGGGGGUACGUUUUCUAUCGGGGAGUAUGCAGAAGAGUGGGCCGCGGUUCGGAAUGCCACCAAGUUGCCGCAGUACCCCGAAAAUGGGUUGAGAUGGACGACCCUCUUGGAAGGGAUUAGCGUUGACGGGGAGAACUUGACUCUGCGGUCGACGAUUCGGAAUGUACCAGAGGGACAUUUGGUUGCGCUUUUGGACACGGGUGAUCCGACUGCGUCGAUGUCUUUUGAUCUGGUGGAUGAGAUUUAUUCCCGAGUACCUGGUGCUGUGUUGUACGAAGAUGGAUUCCAAAGGCUAUGGAUUCUUCCAUGCAAUACUACGACUAGCGUCGCCUUCCACUUUGGAGGCGAAGCAUUUCCGAUCCACCCACUAGAUCUCAGUGUUUUCUCUCGAACGCUUACGUUGGGGGGACAGGAAUAUAUUGCGUGCCUGAGCGCGAUCAUGGGUGCUGAAGAAGGCUGGGGACUUAAUGAACUUGAAGUGUCGCUGGGAGAUACCUUCCUGAGAAACGUUUACACAGUUUAUGACUUUGGGGACGACGUCGACUCUGGAGAUGACGAGACCAUUGGGCCAUAUAUGCAGCUGCUUUCUCAAACGGAUCCCGAAACUGUUGCUCUGGAAGUGGCCAGGUCGAGAAAUCGCACGAUGGAUACACUUCCUCCGGAGAUCCCACCUGUAGAGUUACUGGAAUUGCUUCUAGCUAAUAGCAGUGCCAGGGCAUACACAGAGGAAGAUGCUUCGAGCUCUCAAUUCGAAGUACCAACAUAUCGACCGACUGCAACUUCUUUGGCAACUGACGAAGAGGAAUCAAUGGAGUCGGCUGUCGAGCCUGGAGGAUCGGUCGCAUGUGCUACAUCCGUUGUCCUCGUCUCGUUCGUGAUGGCAUUGGUCCACAAGCUUAAUACAGUGUUUAUAGAUUUGUAG